AUGGCUGCAGCCGAGGCGAUUCGACCCGAAGUCCCCACUAAACCGCAUCUAAAUGAUUCUGAAGGCGAUGAAUACCCGAAGGAGUACUUCUUCAAGCAUGAUCAGAUUGUUUCAGCGUUGCUGCCACUGAAAAAGGACGCUUCGGAAAGCGUUUCUCGUCUUUUUAGGUAAGAAUUUAUAUUUUUUUGAUGAAGGAUAAUUUAAUUGGUAUUAUUUUUGAGGAAUUUUGUGUUUUCCCGAAAGCUCAGGGUCUGUUCAUUCUAAAGAUAUACAAAUCGUCAUGAAAUUCUAUUAAAAAUCGAGGUCUUUGACCAUUUUUGUUAUGUUACCCAUGAGAUUUUGAUGUCUCUUCUAGUUUUGCUCAUAUCUCGAUGAGUUUUCAGUCAAAUCGCCCGAUUUCCCCCUCAUUUUGUGGCUAAAGUGCUGUAGCAUUUUUUAAAACACGCUUGACUUAACUGUUCGUUGUUUUAGAACCAAGGCUGGCGAUCUUCCGGAACCAGCUCACAUAGCAACGGAACGAUUCGAAAAUCUCUUCAUUUUGCCUCCAGCUGAAACAUUCGAGGCUUCAGAGCCCCAUGUUACUUGUGCCUACUCUGUUUGGGUCACUCCUGAAGAUGCGCCGAGAUAUCAGGUGAGAUUUUGGAAAAUUUAUAUUAUCCAUGAUGGGUAAUGUAAUUUUUUGUUAUUUUUUGCGCUGUUUUUAAUUAAAGGUGGUUUGAAAAGUUGUAUAGAGCCUUGCUAAGGUUUGUUGUUUGAUUUUUUCCACAGAAUUUUUAUUUUUUUCUGUUUAUCCAUCAUGGAUAAUAUAUUUUUUAGCUAAUUUUUCGUAGUUUUUUGAUGGAAGGUGGUUUGAAAAGUUUUCUGAAGAUGAAUAAGGGUUGAUUCUUGGAUUUUUUUUUAGGAGAAGCGCACAUUAGACUUUAUUUUCCGCGAUCAUGUCUCAAAAACUGGACGGCACGAUACGGCCAAGGAAUUCUUUGUUGGGGUGACUGGCUCCAAGUCGCGGGAUGCCGUGACUUUUUUGAUCAACGCCCUCUUGACUCUUCGCGAUCUCCCCGCCGACCAUAUCAAGUUUCUGGACGUGACGGUGAAGCGGGUCUCAGCUGAUGCCGUGGUGACUGUGCCGGCUUCCAAGGACUGCGAAACUGACGAUGAAGUGGAAGAUGUGAUGGCCGGACAUGUUCAGACCAUGUUGGAGUACGCCUACCCGAACGCGCUGACUUUUGAGGCGAUUGUGGAGGAUUUGCGAUGCGAGCCGGAGACAGUCGCCGCUUUUGUUGAUGAACUGAUCCAAAAAGGAAUUGCAGAACGUCUGGAGAGCGGGGAAAUCAUCAGAGUCAACAAUUUCGCUCGUAAGCGUUCUGUUUGCGUCUAAAAAUGCUUGAAAUUUGGGCUGCCCUUCUUCGGGGGAGAUUUUAUUUGAGGCAGAUCGGGUAUCGCGCCAAUAUUUAUAUCAAAUGUUUCAAAAUUGGUUAACUAGCUAGCCAAUGGGUUAUUCUGUGUUCACACCGGAGGAUAGGCCGCUCAUGGCCAAGCUCGCGACCUACGGUGAAGGACCUGAUCCAGUGGCAAAAAACAUUUCAUUUUGCAUCCGGGAAGUUUGAAAAAAUAUAGCAAAAUGCCUCCCCCGUGAAGCGAAAAAACGUCUUUUUGAAUUUCCUCACAGAAAGAGCGGUUACGCUUUUAUUUUGCUACAUUUUGUGAUACUUCCUGGAUGCAAAAUGGCACGUUUUUUGCCACGGGAUCAGGUCCCCACUGUAGCCGUGAACGAGGUCAAGGAGGUUGUCUAAAAUUGCCCGAAAAUGAUUUCAAUGCUUGACUAUGAUGGUCAAGACACUUUCUUUAGGUUAGAUCGUCACCAACCUCACGACCAAGGUCGUGACAACAUUCAUUUUGGUUGUGACCUGACCUUACUGAACUGCCACAACUGUCUGGAACAGCUAGCAACAUUAUUUUCAGAGGAUUUUGGAGAUUAAUCGUGACAAGCCCAUGACCUACAUCCACCUUGAACACGGAUGUCAAAAAUGUUCUUAAAAUAGCUAAAAGCUAGGUCACGAUUAAUCUCCGAAAUCCUCUGAAAACAAUGUUGCUAGCUGUUCCAGACAGUUUUGGCGCUUCAGUUGGGUCAGGUCACAUCCAAACUGACUGUGGUCACGACGCACGUCAAACUGAGAUAAGCUAAAACAGUCCGGUGAAUGGAUUGGCAAUCUGCCAAAAAAAGACGUGAAAACACGUUUUGUCGGGGAAGAAAUGGGGAAUUUUUGGGGCGAGAGAGUACGUUUUUGCGUGCCUUUUUUCUCUCUUUCUCUGCGAAAUCAAGACGAAGUGUAAAAAACCGAUAGCGAAGUGUCUAUUCCGGUCACCGGACUCCUCAGUUUGACGUGCGACGUUGGUGGUGAGCUCGGUGACGACCUGACGUAAAGAAAGUGUCUUAACCAUCAUUGUCAAGGAUUGAAAUCAUUUUCGGGUAAUUUUAGGCAACCUCCUUGACCUCGGUCACGGCCUUGGUUGUGAGCUUGGUCAUGAGCGACCUAUCCUCCGGUGUGAGCACAGGAUAACCCCUUGACUAUCUUGUGAAUCAAUUGUGAAACAUUGGAUAUAAAUAUUGGCGCGAUACCCGAUUUGCUCCAAUUGAAAUCUUCCCUGAAUGAAAUGUUGCAAAAAUUUGACAAUAAUUUGAUUGCUUUUUGACUUUUUUAUAUUACACUUGAUGUUGUAGAUGUGGGAGAGACGAAAUUCUCGAAAGCAGUCAAGGAAAAGCCCCCGACAAUCGCGAUAGUGACCUGUUUGUUCGUCGAGAACCUUGCGGUUUCGUCGUGCGUCGAAAAUGCGAACACUUUGCACAUGUACAACUUGAACGGCGACUCCAAUGUCUACACAAUCGGCAAUAUCGGACCGCACCGAGUGGUGGUGACGAAACUGCCGAUCAUUGGCGAUAGCAGAGAGGCUACGAUUAGCUCAGGAUCGGUGACAACACGAUUACUGGGCAAUUUCCAGGUGAAUUUUGAGGAUUUACAUUAUUCAUGAGGUCUAAAUGGGGAAAAUUUAUUUUUGUUGUGAAAUUUCUUUAAUUUUUUCAUUUCAAAAUGCCUUUCAGGCCGUAGAACACGUCAUUAUAGUGGGAGUGGGCGGCGGAGUCCCCCACUACACCGAUCCCGAACAACACGUCAAGCUGGGCGAUGUUGUAGUCAGCUCGACUUCGAAUGGAAAACACCCGGCUUAUGUGUACGGAAACACAAUUGUAAAGGACAGAAUCAGUGGCAAAGUUACAGGCCUCACAGCACAUAGAUCGUCACCGAAGAAAGAAGUUUUUGUCGAAUUGCUAAAGGAAAAGUACGAUUUUCGAAAAAAAUUUGAACUGCACUGUACGAAUUUUUGAUUUUUUGCGUUUACAGUGAACUUUUAAGGGCUAUAGAGUUCGGGAAUUUUUUGUAGAGGUCUUCAGGGGUUAAAAAAAUUUUUUUGUGGUUUUUGUUUGGCACUUUUUUUUUAUUCCGCACUGUGCGACGGUUUUUAAAAUUUACGCACAGUGCAGUGAAUAUACAUAUUUUUUGAAUUUUUUGCACAGUGCAAAGGAUUUUUGGGAUUUUUAACGAAUGAAAAUUAUUUUUUAAGGUGCUGAGAGUAUUCAAAAAAUUUUUGAGUGGUAAAUUUUGCAAUCAUUCAUCGUACCGGGCGAUAUUUUUUUGAAAUUUUCGCACUGUGCGAUUGGUUUUUUUUUGGAAAUAAAAUUUUUUUUUUGAUCUUUUUCAGAUCCAAAGACAUUCAAAAGAAAUGGCACAAGUAUGCCACCGAGCUAAUCGACCGCCUGAACGCCGAAAAACAACAGGAAAAUGAUUUUAAUCGACCACCCCCGGAGCUGGACGUGAUUGCACUGGAAAGCGGCGACAACGACGCCAUUGUCGUCCCCCAUCCGAAUGCCGACCGCACCGAGCCCGCAUGGCACACCGGCACCAUUGCGUCGAUGCUCAGAUACGCACCGCCGAUUGUGCUGGACGAAAACGACAAACCAAUCCCGCAGCCGUCGGCCCAAGCCCUCCGAAACGGAUUCCUCUCGGAGUUCAACGCCCGAGCCUUUGAUGGCGGCUUCGACUCGGUGAUACAGUCGAUUGUGGGCAACUGCAUCGACUCGUACGCUUUGAUUCGGUGCGUGGCGGAUUAUCAUAACGGAUCGACCAGAAUUGCCAGGCCUUGGCAGGUAAGGAGGGAUUUUGAAGGGAAAAUUUGUGGUUUUUGGGAGGGAAAAGGGUUUGGAAUUGUGGGAAAAAGAAUGGAGAGUAAAUUUUGUGAAGGGAAAUAUAUAAAGUUGGCUGGAUUUUUACUUAAAUUUUGAGAAAUAGCGAAAUUUUUGAGAUUUUUAAGACCUUGGCAGGUAAGGAGAGGAUUUUGAAGGGAAAAUUUGUGGUUUUUGGGAGGGAAAAGGGUUUGGAAUUGUGGGAAAAAGAAUGGAGUGUAAAUUUGGUGAAGGGAAAUGCAUAAAGUUGGCUGGAUUUUUACUCAAAUUUUGAAAAAUAGCGAAAUUUUUGAGAUUUUUAAGACCUUGGCAGGUAAGGAGAGGAUUUUGAAGGGAAAAUUUGUGGUUUUUGGGAGGGAAAAGGGUUUGGAAUUGUGGGAAAAAGAAUGGAGUGUAAAUUUGGUGAAGGGAAAUGCAUAAAGUUGGCUGGAUUUUUACUCAAAUUUUGAAAAAUAGCGAAAUUUUUGAGAUUUUUUGGAACAUUUUUAGUUUUGAGGGGAUUUUGGUGUAAUAAACCUUGUUUUUUGAGGGGAAAAUUAAUGAUUAGUAAAAGAGCAGAGUUUUUAGAUCACGAUUCAUUAAUUUUUUGCCUGAAAAUGUAAAAAUUUUGAGAGUUUUUUCGAAAUUUUUUCCAAUUCAAAGAAAAUUUUUGAUUUUUGGUCCAAAAGGGAUAUUUUUUGCUCAUGAAUUUGUUCCCAUUCCAUGCCCUCACACCUUUGAAUUUUUAACCUACGCUUUUCUAUUUUUUCCCCCCAGCUGUACAACCGAAAACAGGGCUAAUUUACGAUUAAUUGCCGAUUUCAUCACGCAUUUUCAGGCCUACGCCGCCGCCAACGCUGCCGCCUUCACAAAAGCCCUCUUGGAAUCUCUGCCAGUCCAAAAAUAA